AUGUGGGAAAAUAUAACUGCCGCCCACUUGAAUUACGCGGCCUGGGAGUUGGACUGGACUACAUGGACACCCUCUGCCCAUCCUCAGGAGAGGCGCUUCAAUCCGUACACCGAAAAUGGUGGUACAAUCCUUGCUAUUGCCGGUGCAGAUUUCAGUGUUAUUGCUGGCGACACAAGGCAGAGCGAGGGUUACUCAAUCCAGACGCGAUACGCACCAAAGGUCUUCCGAUUGACUGAUCGCGCGGUACUGGCUGUAAAUGGCUUCGCGGCAGAUGGCAAUAUGUUUGUAAAGAAAGUAAAACAACGUCUAGAGUGGUACCGUCACGCUCAUGCAAAAGAUAUGCCUCUACGAGCAAUUGCAAGAUUGAUUCAGACGAUGCUUUACGCACGUCGGUUCUUUCCUUACUACGUGUAUAAUAUCCUGGGUGGUAUUGAGGAGGAUGGUACUGGUGCCGUGUAUUCGUUUGACCCCGUGGGCUCGUAUGAACGAGAGGCAUGCCGUGCUGCAGGCGCUGCUCAGUCAUUAGUCCAACCAUUCUUGGACAACCAGAUCUACUUCAAGAACCAACUAGCGGCACAAGGGACCUCACAUCCGGCUCAUCUACCCUUAGAGACCGUCUUGUCAAUAGUUAUCGACUCCUUCACGAGCGCAACUGAGCGCCACAUCGAAGUUGGUGACGGCCUUGAAAUCUACAUCGCUCUCGCCAAAGGACGUAAUCUGCAGGGAACGGAAAGCAUCAGGGGUCUACAGGAGUUGACUGUGGCAGAGGAAGGCGAACGCUUGUUCGUGAUGAGGAGGGAUCUGAAGAAAGAUUAAAUCGCUUGUAUUCUGGACAGAUUUUCUCUUGCUGAAUACAUUUCUCUAUGCCAU